UACUUACCACACUAAUUCUCCUUGUCUUUUCCAUCAUUGACCCUGAUCUGGUGGCCAGUCAACAGUGCCGUUAAACCCUGAACUCAAGUCGGAGCCGCACUGGAGAAGCGAAGCCAUGGCGGAAGAUGACAGCCGCCGCAAUUGGAAUCCACGUGCCGGUCCAUAUCUCGGAGAAGUCUCUUCUUUAGCUUUCCUCAAUUUACCUCAACAUGUUUCUUCCGUUCCUUAUCUCCUCGCCGGUUCCGGUUCGGAGAUUCUGCUUUACGAUUUGAGUUCCGGGGAGCUGAUUCGCUCGUUUCAAGUGUUUGAGGGAGUUCGCGUACAUGGAACUGUAUGUAGCUGCAGCUUUGUUCGUUCUGCGGAGGAGCGAUAUACGUAUAAGCUUGUUGUAUUCGGAGAGAAGAAAGUGAAGAUUUUUUCAUUGAUUGUUGAAUUUGUCUCCUCGAGCCCUGGUGAAAUCUCCGUGAAUUUGGAAAUAUUUGAUUCUUUGCCGAGGCUUAGCAAUUGGGUUUUCGACGUUUGUUUCUUGCAGGGCUCUACCGAGGCUGGCUCAUUGGAAGAAGAAGAACACAAGCUUCUAGCUAUUGGAUGUAGUGAUAAUUCUCUCUGCAUUUGGGAUGUGAAUGAAUCGCGUAUAGCUCUUGAAAUUCAGUCACCAGAAAGGUGUCUACUGUAUACUAUGCGAUUAUGGGGCAACAGUAUUUCAACUCUCCGCAUUGCUUCUGGCACUAUUUUCAAUGAGAUCAUUGUUUGGAAGGCAGCUGGCCUUGAUGGUGAUAUGCGUAGACUUAGUGGACAUGAAGGUUCAAUAUUUCGCAUUGUUUGGUCUUUGGAUGGAUCUAAACUAGUCUCCGUCUCCGAUGAUCGUUGUGCUAGGAUAUGGGAAAUGGAUGCGCAGGAGGUCGUUGGUCCUGUGCUGUUUGGUCACAGUGUCAGAGUUUGGGACUGCUGUAUCUCAGAUCAUUUGAUUGUCACUGCUGGUGAGGACUGUACAUGCCGUGUCUGGGGCGUGGAUGGUACGCCGCUGGAAGUAAUCAAGGAACAUAUUGGAAGAGGCAUAUGGAGAUGUUUGUAUGAUCCGAACUCAUCCCUUCUUGUUACUGCCGGAUUUGACUCUGCAAUCAAAGUACAUCAAUUGCGUUAUAGUGGGGCAGAAAUAUUGUUGGAUACUGUAGGAGUGUUUCAUUCACAAGACCAAGUGGAAUCUUUUUCAGCCCGCCUCCCAAAUUCAACGCAACAUACUGGCCUCAUGGACAGCAAGAGUGAGUAUGUACGCUGCUUGCAGUUCACGCAGGAAGAUACAAUGUAUGUGGCCACAAACCAUGGUUGCUUAUAUCAUGCAAGAUUAUUGUCAUCUGGAAGUGUAAGGUGGACCGAAUUAGUUCGCAUACCUGAAGAGGGGCCUAUUAUUACCAUGGAUGUGAUGUCUGGAGGAAUGGUACGCGAGUCUUGUGUAUUAGAUGAUUGGGUUGCCCUUGGAGAUGGCAAAGGGAAUAUGACAAUUGUUCGGGUUAUUGGUGAUAUGACUAAUCCACUUGUGGGAUCAAAUCAUAGCUGGAAGGCUAGUCCAGAGAGACAACUUCUGGGGACCUUCUGGUGCAAAUCAUUAGGAUAUAGGUUUGUCUGUUCUUGCAAUCCUAGAGGACUAUUGAAGCUGUGGAGACUAUUUGAUCCUUUAGCUUCUGCUGCCUCUAGCGCUUCUGAAACUUAUGAUAUCUCACUCUUGGCCGAAUUCUCCUCUUCUUUUGGAAUGCGAAUAAUGUGUGUUGAUGCAUCAGCUGAUGAUGAGGUGCUUGUGUGUGGAGAUUUACGUGGCAAUAUUACACUCUUUCCAUUGUCAAAGGAUAUGCUUAACGGUGUUUCUGCCUCUCCAGAAUUGAAGAUACCUUCACUUAAUUACUUCAAAGCUGCCCAUGGGAUUUCAACUGUUUCCAGUCUUUCAGUUUCCAAAUUAACUUCCAACAAAGCUGAAAUAUGCUCGACUGGCGGAGACGGUUGCAUAUGUUAUUUCGAAUAUGAUAAAGAGAGGCAGACUUUAGAGUUCAUGGGUUUAAAACAGUUGAAAGAGUUGAACUUAGUUCAAUCUGUUUGCCUUGGAUAUGCAGCAGGAUUUUCAUCAACUGAUUUUAUGUUGUGGAACUUAACAGCGGAAUCAAAGGUUGCACAGAUCUCAUGUGGUGGUUGGCGUCGUCCCCACUCCUUUCAUCUUGGAAACAUCCCUGAGAUGCAAAAUUGUUUUGCAUAUGUGAAGGAUGAUGUUAUCCAUAUUCAUAGACACUGGGUUGGAGAACAGAAGACCAAAGUCUUUCCUCUAAAUUUGCAUACGCAAUUUCAUGGAAGAGAACUACAUUCCUUAUGCUUCAUUAAUGUGGAUAAAAAAGCUGGAUUUGAGUCUGAAGAAUGUAUAUCUGAUAGCUCUAGUUGGAUUGCAACAGGGUGUGAAGAUGGAUCUGUGAGAUUGAGUAGGUAUGCAUCUGAGCUUGGAAAUUGGUCAACAUCAGAGCUAUUAGGAGAACAUGUUGGAGGCUCAGCUGUGAGAUCAGUUUGUUGCGUAUCAAACAUGCACAUGAUUGCUUCAGAGAUACCUGACUUACCAGACAUGCGCGGAUCUGCAGUUGAUGAUGAUGAAAGUCCUUGCUUACUGAUUUCUGUUGGAGCCAAGCGUGUUGUAACGUCUUGGCUUUUAAGGAAUGGUAGACAAAAUAGAAAGGGAGAAUCAUCUAUUAGUGAUAAUGGACUCAAAAUAGCUUCAUUGGAAGCAUCUUCAGUGACGUUCCAAUGGCUUGCUACUGACAUGCCCACCAAAAGUUCUCAUCCAUGUAAAAAGAUUGAGAAUCAGAAAGUGGAAGGUGUAGAAGAAGAUACUAGAGCUGAUGUCACAAAAUCAGGAUCCAAUUUGAAUCACGAGCGAGAAAACUAUGAAGAUGAUUGGAGAUACAUGGCUGCCACUGCAUUUCUUGUAAAAAGUGUUGGUUCCAGGCUAACUAUUUGUUUUAUCGCUGUGGCUUGCUCUGAUGCCUCACUUACAUUACGGGCCUUGGUCUUGCCACAUAGAUUAUGGUUUGAUGUUGCGUCCUUGGUUCCUCUGACAUCUCCAGUUCUGUCAUUGCAACACGUUGUUGUGCCUCUGCAUCUCUCACAUGAAGGUAAUCAUACAGCAUCUAGUGAUGUUUAUCUUCUCAUCAGUGGAGCCACAGAUGGAAGCAUAGCAUUUUGGGAUGUAACUAAAUGUGUAGAAGCUUUUGUAAAGCAAGUAUCGAGCCUCCAUAUUGAGAAGUUCAUUGAUUGUCAGAAACGACCCCGAACUGGAAGAGGAAGCCAAGGUGGUAGGAAAUGGAAACUGUUAGGCGCCAACAUUUCUAAGAGAACACAAGACGACAGUAGCAGUAACUCAGUUAGUGAAGAAGCUGCAGAAGAAGACCCAGCCACGUCUUUGGAACUCACGAAUGACAUUCCUCAAGGAAACGAUAGAAACGAUAGUGCAGACUCUCCACCUGAGAUAAGUGAAAUAAAGCCCUCACAUGUCAUUAAGAAUGCUCAUCAGUCAGGGGUUAAUUGUCUCCAUGUUUCUCGCUCGAGCAGUUCUCCAAGCCACGGCAAUGGUUUGAUGUUCAAUAUGAUUAGCGGGGGUGAUGAUCAAGCCCUUCAUUGUCUUAGCUUCAACAUCCUUACUAGUAGUAGUAAUAGUCCAGCCAACAAAUCUAACACCAUGGAUCAAAACCGAACCCCAAGUUACAGUAUCAGGCUCACAGACCGUGGUGGUAUUGGAUCAGCUCAUAGCUCUGCCAUAAAAGGAGUGUGGAUGGACGUGAAGUGGAUAUUCUCAACAGGUCUUGAUCAACGUGUAAGAUGUUGGUAUCUCGACAAAGAUGGUAAACUCAUCGAGCAAUCUCAUAUAGUCAUCAGCGUACCCGAGCCAGAGGCGCUCGAUGCUAAAGCCAUUGAUGAAAACCGAUACCAAAUCGUUGUUGCUGGACGCGGAAUCCAAAUGGUUGAAUUCUCCGGUUAACAGCUAGGCUUUAAGUUCUAUCUUCUGCUAUGAUUUAUUUACAACCAGCGAGUCUUGGAGAUGUCAAGCUGCAUCCCAAAUCAGUUUUGAAUCCUGGUCGGUCAGAGAGUAAUCCUGGUCGGUCAGAGUAAACCAUUUCUAACUCGUGUAGUUUAGUUAGAAAUGAGUUUUUAUCUGUGCUCUAUUUUAAGCAAUACAUUUGUCUAAAUUUCAUACAUUUAUAAAUGCUCAUGAGAAUUCAGUUGUAUUACUUCUACGUACGAUUUUGAUAAAUGAUUAUGUGAAAAUAUUUUUUAUAUCAAGAUUAUUGUGAGAAAUUA